CCUCGGGGUCAAAAUCUGUUACAGUUAGUCCUAGUUCGGAUUUUACACACCCAUAUUUAUGAAUGACAACAGCAUUAAGGUAGGCAGGGAAUACCUUUAGGAUUAAGAUCUUCCAAUUCAGCAAUCUGCUCUGCCAGCGACUUUGGAGCCAUUUUUUGCUUGAGUCUCCCCGAAUUUCUGGGGUUGGUUGAUUUUUUGACCGCAGCAAAUUAUUUUUCUGCCGCUAUAAUAUUUUUCUGGGCAAUCGGGAAGCGGUGUCGGCAGAACUAACCUUGAUAGGAAGCCGGCUGUCUGGAUCAGGAGUGUUCUGCCGGCGGUGAAUAUUUAUCUCCGGCAGUAUGGCAGAGGUUGGCCUGAGGCUGACAUCAACUUUGCUAUAUCCACUUCGUCGAACGUGAACCAGUUCAUCUUCAUCAUCCAGAGCACCAUGACUGUAAAAAGGAGACUAUUCUCGACCUUUCGAGCUCUCCAACAUGAGAACCCUCUAGGCCUUCCUCGCUCGGGCACCCCGCCGUCUUUCCCUCGUCGCCGCGGUGUCCCCGAGAAGCGCAAGAUUCGCGAUGUAAAGAAAGUCAUUGCCGUAUCAUCAGCAAAAGGAGGAGUAGGGAAAUCCACCAUCGCAGUGAACCUCGCUCUCUCCUUCGCACGGCGUGGAAUCCGCACCGGAAUCCUAGACACCGAUAUUUUCGGCCCUUCAAUCCCAACCCUUCUCAAUCUCUCCGGCGAACCCCGGCUAGACGAAAAUAACUGCCUCCUCCCAUUAACAAACUACGGCCUAAAAUCCAUGUCUAUGGGUUAUCUCCUCCCGCAACCUGAAUCCCAAGACCCCACUCAAACCCGCCUCCCCAUGGACACGACCCCGAUCUCCUGGCGCGGCCUCAUGGUCACAAAAGCCAUGCACCAACUCCUCCACUCCGUGUCCUGGGGUCCCCUGGAUGUUCUCUUUCUCGACCUCCCCCCGGGAACCGGUGAUGUCCAAUUAACCAUCAACCAGGAGGUGGUGGUUGACGGCGCCGUGAUCGUGACCACGCCCCAGGAUAUCGCGCUCCGGGAUGCGGUCCGUGGGUUCGGGAUGUUCCAGCGCAUGGAUGUGCCCGUGCUAGGGAUGGUGCGGAACAUGGCGUUCUUUGCGUGUCCGGAAUGCGGGACGCAGACGAGGAUAUUCUCAAACGGGGAGCAUGUGCACCACAGUAAGAAAGAUGGGGCAGGGAAUGAAGAGGAGGAGUGGGGGGUUGUGGCUGAGUGUCGGAGACUUGGGGUGGAGUUUUUAGGUGAUAUCCCGCUUGACGCGAGGGUCUGUGAGGAUGCAGACCGUGGUAUGCCGACGGUUGUGGCCGAGGAGAGUGACGAGCGGAGUGCGAGGAAGAAGGCAUUUAUGGAUGUGGCGGAGAAGGUGGCUAAAAAGGUUGGUAUUGAGUGGUAGUUUGACUCUUCUUUUUUUUUUGACUCCACUUGACUAUACUAUGCAUAUACCCUGUAUCAUUUAAUAUAUAUAUAUAUACCUUUUUUGAAAGCUGUGUCUAUUCUACUUGACAUAACUUGAUAUCAGCAACUACUAAAAUAGUACAUAGGUAGGAAAGUAGAUACAAUAAUCAAACACUGGUAUGUACAUAAUCGGUUUAAUGAAAAUAGUUC